UCAUAUCAACUUUUUCAUAUGCUGCCUUUACACACUGGUAAUGGUUCUGAUGUGUGGAAUGAAACACAGGAACUUGACUAAGGAAAUUUAUGAAGGUGAGGAAAGAGUAUUAUUGGUUUUUCAACCAGCAGGAUGCCUGUAUUUGUGAAAACACAGCAACAUUUCCAGGUGAUGUCUGGUUAGAGUGAAAUCUUAACAAGAAACAGGAAACUGUGAAAGGCGUUUGACUCUUAAUUCUGUUUGCAUUGGCCCAUUAUUUAGGUUAUGCACACAGCCGCACUGGCACAGAUACUUAAACACAUGCAGUAUGUUAGUAAAGUGGCAAGUGUAGCUGAUUUGCCCUCUGCACCGUCUGCAUUUGCAGGUCUCUGAGAAGCACCCAGCCGGCCAGGCUAAAUGCAGGGUGCUUUGUGUUUGGUUUGCCUGGCCUGUUCCAGCUUGUCAUGGUUCAGACUCCGCUUGGCCCCUGAUCCCCAGGUGACCUCUUUCUCACACCGGCCUGAGGAAUGCUGGUUGUCCGAGCCCUAGAGCUGUGAGAGCGGGUGGGCGCAGACAGGGAGCCUAGAUGUGAAGAAGAGGUUAGGAGGUUGACGUAAUCAGGGUGCUGGAGGGAGAGAGUGUCAGUGUGUGUGUGUGUAUAUGUUUACAGUAGGCACCCCUGCCCCCUGCUUCCAUCUCCAGAGGGAACAAUUCCUGCCUCUGUGAGCACCUGCAGGCCAGGCCGGCUCUGCCUUCUCUCCUUCCUCGCUCCCUCUGUCCUGGCAGCUUUUGUGCACCUGGGAACGCAAACUGCCCACUCUUCAUCUGCAGCUUCAUGGUGGCAGCUCCCAUCUUCGGUUACCUGGGCGACCGCUUCAACAGAAAGGUCAUCCUGAGCUGUGGCAUUUUCUUCUGGUCUAUUGUUACUCUGUCGAGCUCCUUCAUCAGCAAAGAGUACUAUUGGCUGUUCGUGCUCUCCAGAGGUCUGGUGGGCAUCGGUGAGUCCAGCUACUCCUCCAUCUCCCCCACCAUCAUAGGGGACCUGUUCACUAAUAACAGCCGCACGAUGAUGCUGUCAGUCUUCUACCUGGCCAUCCCCCUGGGAAGUGGGUUAGGUUACAUCCUGGGCUCUAGCGCCAAGGAGGCUGCAGGAGACUGGCACUGGGCACUGAGGGUGUCCCCAGUUUUAGGGAUCACGGCAGGAACUCUGAUCCUGCUCUUCGUCCCUGAGCCCAAGAGAGGCAGCGCUGACCAGAUGGCAGGACGCAUCAAGACCCGCACCUCCUGGUUCUGUGACAUGAAGGCACUCGCUAAGAAUCGGAGCUACGUGUUCUCCUCCCUGGCAUCAGCGGCUGUGUCCUUCGCCACAGGUGCGUUUGGUAUGUGGAUCCCUCUGUACCUCGCCAGAGCCCAGGUGGUGCAGAAGACGGCAGAGCCCUGCACAAAAGAAAUCUGCAGUAGCACAGACAGUCUCAUCUUCGGUGCGAUCACCUGUGUGACGGGGCUGUUGGGCGUGGUCAUCGGGGCUGCCACCACACGCCUGUGUCGCCAGAAGACAGAGCGAGCCGACCCACUCGUAUGCGCUGUCAGCAUGCUCGGCUCUGCCAUCUUCAUCUGCCUCAUCUUUGUGGUGGCUAAGAAGAGCAUCGUAGGAGCUUACGUUUGCAUCUUUAUUGGAGAAACGCUGCUUUUCCUGAACUGGGCAAUAACAGCAGACAUUUUAAUGUUUGUUGUUAUUCCUACACGGAGAGCAACAGCAGUCGCCUUUCAGAGCUUCACCUCACAUCUCCUGGGUGAUGCAGGAAGUCCGUACCUGAUAGGCCUGAUCUCCGACGCCCUCCAGCAGAACUACACGACGUCAGCGCUGUGGCGGUUCCUGAGUUUGGGCUAUGCCCUCAUGCUCUGUCCCUUUAUCAUCGUCCUGGGGGGCAUGUUUUUCCUGGCCACUGCUUUGUUUUUCCUGGAUGACAGAGAGGAGGCUGAGAAACAGUUGACACGACCACCCUCCUCCGUCAGGGUAUGACCAGGUGACAACCAAAUGAGGAGCCAUCUGAAGGAGCAACCAAACUCACUCAAAAGGGAAGACAAAAUGCAGAUAAAAAGUGAGGGCAGCUGAUCCACCUCUUUAAAAACACACCCAAGUCAUCUUCCCUAUCAUCACCGCUACGAUCAUUGUCCUCCUCCUCCUGGCUCCCGCUGCUCUCCCUUUUUACGUGCUCAUGGAGGCGGCUGAGAGGUGGAACGAGGGAGCGUCUUGCCCCUUCCUGAACUGCCUUUAAAUCACAGACCGGUGAGAACGUGCACAGUGGUGCGCUGAAGCCAGCCGACCGACAGCUGGUGUCCUCCCCACCUCUGUCUGUGAGCAUCCACUGAACCUUCCAGGGAGGAGGUGGGGUGGCAAAAUCCCCCAUGAUCCCCCUCCGACUCCUGAUGCCAUACUACUGAAUGCUGAUCAUGAACCUGCCCUGUCUGUCUGCCUGUCUGUCCAACGGUCUGUCUCUGUAUGUCUGUCUGUCUGUCUGUCUGUGACAUUGGCUGUCAAUCAGCACCAAGUGCCAUAGCGUCAUUACAUUCCUUCAGACUUUGCACUGACCACCAACAACCCUCAUGACUUCAUCACUGUCUAUGUUUACAUGCACACUAUAAUUCAGUUUUAAAGCUUCAAAAUUUGUUUGAUUAAGCUGUUUAUAUGGAUCGUCUGCAGCCAUAAAGCUGGUGUCUAUGUUGCUCCCAGUUUUCCACAAUUUAUUCUAUUCUCGACACAGACAGUAGCUGUAAAAUUAAAGUUAUGUGGAGCAAGUGAUGCAGCUUGUAAAAAUGUGCUGCAGGAAUAUAAUUCUCAAACUGUUGUUUAUCUGCUCGAACUGGCAUCCCACAGUGUGACUCAUAUCAGAUUACUCUGCACAUCUUUAUCACAGUAUUAACAACAUGGACUUAAAUGUCAGUACAGUGUUUACACGAUGAUUAUUGAUGAGUAUUUUCAUAACUGAUCAAAAUAUUGCUGUGCAUGUAAACAUAGCCAUCAACCAAGAGCCAAAAAGUGUUACUGUCUAAAGGUCAGUGAAUCAGCCUUAAGAAUUGGAGCUUUCAUAUCAACAACUGUUUCCUUUGACCCCCCCACAUGUGUUUUCAUUUUGACCUUUUAGCACUUAAAUCAGUGUAGACAGAGCCAGAGAACAUGACAGAGAUUUCUGCACAUUAUUUCUCACAAGGUUACUUGUGAUUUGUUUUUCUUCUUCUUUCUGUUUGAUGUUGGUUUGAAACUGGAGGUUACUAGGGUUACUACUAUGAUUGUUUCAGAAGGUUGAUGAGGCAAUCUGGGCUAUUUAAAGCAAACACUGGAUUAUAUCUUUUAUCAUUUCUAAUGUACAGGCUUUUCCCAAAAGUAAAUGAAAUGCUACUCUUUUGGCUUUUAAGGAACACCUGUGGUUUUGUGUACAUGACAAGCAUUUUUUUUUCUCUGGCAAACUAGCCAUUUUUUUAUCCACACUGCCUUAUCAGUGAGCUGGAUUUCCCUUUAAACAGGUAGCUCUCUGAUGGUUGGUUUUGAAUUUCUGGACACAACUUCCCACACAGCGACAGAGUCACCUUUAAUGAUGGAUUCCAGUCCAGUCCACGCUGGUUACAAUAACAGGCAUUGUGAAAAGAGACCUUUCCUUCUUCCAAUUGUAGAUAUCCCAUUCCAUGAGUAGUAGAAAGAACCUUUGUACAGAGCUAGAGUCACACUCAUCAGUUUAUAAAUGAGUGAAAUCAAAAUCCAGACAGGAACAGGAAAUCCUUCAGCCGCAGGUUAGACUGAUGGCUGCCUCUUAUCGCUGAUAAACGAUAAGCAAGGAAUCCCCCUUUGAAAGCAGAACAGCAUGUCCUCAGAUGUCACAUAUUCCCGCACAUAAAGAUUUACUUAGAAAACAGAAAUACACAAAAGACAGAAAAUCUGGAUUUACCGUUAUCACUCUAUGCAUUUAUUACUGUAUCUUACGCAUAAUUAUGCAAAUUAAAUGCAAUCUCUUACAAAGAUCUGAGAGGAGGACUACAGCUAGUUUCUUAUAAGGACAAAGUGUAAGGUGAAAGUUUCAUCAGACACUACCUUGAAAGAUCCUUUUUGUAGAACAUUACCUGAUAGAUAAUUUUUUUCUGAAACCUUGAAGCCACUAUAAUACAGUCAAAGUUUUUAAAACAUGUGCAUAAAGGGGGGAAAAAAGCACUUUUCAAACCUCCAAGAAAACAGAGGAGGAGGUGGAGAAGGAUGGAUUGACCUUAGCAGAGGAAUAAAGAAAGACAUUGAGGUGGUUCUUGUAGCAUUGAUGUGCGAGCAUGACUCACUACUGGCUGUGUGUGGGGUGCUGUGUGGGCUGUGUCCUUGUUGCCAGAUCAUUAGCUUUAGCUUCUCUCCGACUGCGUGGAGCUCUCUGAAUGUGAUUCUGUCCAACCUGACGUGUUUACACACCUACAUCCUCUUAAUGAACUAAGCUUCUUACCUUCCUUUUAUCGGUUUUCUUUUUGUUUUGUUUUUUUGUUUUUUUAAUGUUACCAAAUGAGUUUUUCUAAUAACUACAAUAGAGAUAUAUAUAGCUAUAUCACGCAGCAACUUUAAUAUAUUGUAAAUGAUGGCUUGGAUGCAAUGUAUUUAUUUGUUUGUUACCAUAAUGAAGAAUAAUCUAUAAAGGGAAGUUUAAGGUUUGAGUAUACUACACUUUGUUGUAUGUCCUUGGGUUUAGAUAUAUUUAGAUAUGAAGCAACACAAUACCUUUCUACAUCACUAAGAUUCAUCUUGUUUACUGUGAUCAUGAAUUGGACAUCUCACACAUAUUUCUCACAAAAGAAACUGCAAUGUGAUGGUUGUGAAGACAAUACAUGGGUGUCAUUGUUUAGGGUGCAAUACUUUUGCAUUCAUUUUUGUAGCUCUUGUGUAUUUUUUUAUUUUUUGGUUUUUUUUUUUAAGAACUGAUCAUUUUGCACACUUAAUGUUCAGGGAUUUAUUUGAACCAUAGCCUAGCAUCAUCUUCACAGCCUCUGCCACGGAGGUCUGUCACUUCAUGCUCACAGUAAGUGCUGACAUAUUGUCAUUUAUCAUCAGAAGAAAUGUUGGCUCUGGUCAGAUGGGUCAUGAAUUGCGUUUCACUUUGCCAAAUUUAGUUGAUUUAGCACCAAUCCUUUAGGAGUAUAAGUCCAUUAUAUCAAGUAAUUCUAUGUUAAUAAUCACUGAAGUGAUGUUUUGAGAAUAUGCUAUUUCUUGUCAUACAAGAAUUGUAUAUAAAGGAACCUAUUUCUGAUGUUGAGCAGAAAACAGAGGUUAUUUUUAUUUUUAGAGCAAGUCAGUACAAGAGCGGUGUCAAGAGAAAUCAAAGGAUAUUAUUCUAGAACUGAACUGUGAUGCUCCUCCUGGGGGUUGAUAGCAAAUGUACAUGUCUGUAAAUCAAAUAAACUUAUUUAAUCACUUCAUACCA